AUGACCACGUGGCAGGGCAUUUUUGCAGUGAAGAUUGAAGAAAUGCACAUAACAGAUCCAUGGACACUUGUGGAGGAUGAUUCCCUGCAGGUGCAGGACUGCAGGCCUGGCUGGAAGGAGUUUGUGCAGCACCGUGCUCUUGGGAGGUUUGAGUGCUCCCAGUGUUUUCAUAAGUGGUCUUCUGCCAAAGUGCACAUCCUGUUCCACAUGUGCCACUCCCAAGGCUGGGGCACAGUGUGGAUGAGAAUCUUCCGCCAGAAAUGCAGGCGCUGCCCCAACUCCCGGCUGGAGGUUGCUGAGUUCAGCCUGGAGACUGUGGAGACAAUUCUGCACAACCUGGCAAUAAAGAUCCUCCAGUAUUUCUACAAUAAGCCUGUCCAGCCCUCUGACCUCCUGGAAGUCGUGGUGGAUACACCGGUGACGGGGCCACACGACCGUGCCCACUGCGAGGCCUGCCAGCUCGGCAACUGCUACAGGUCACAGAGGGCCCCAGCACAGGAUGCCUGGAAACCCUUGAGGGAUGAGGACAAGGCCAGGAUGCACAGCACCGAGUCAUGGCUGGCCUUGGCAUCGGAUAUAUGA